AUGCUGCAGUGCUGCUAUUGUUCAAAGAAAUUCAAAUAUGAAAGUGAAAAGAAAAGACACGAAAAGAGUCAUGAUCCACAGUUUGAAUGCGACAAGUGUUCGAAAAAGUUUAGUUUUCUAUCUGCUUUGAAGAGGCACCAAAAACAGCAUGAAAGGACAGGCAGUGUUAAAUGUACAGAGUGCGGAAAAUAUUUUCUUGAUAAUACUCUUCUAAAUAGACACAUGAAAUAUGCUCAUAAAGGUACAUACAUUUGUUCUAAAUGUGAAGCUACAUUCAGUAGCGACCUGGCCUUAGCAUCACAUCAGAAGAGCCACAAGCCACGGUCAGAGCGCCGCUUCAAAUGUAGUUAUGAUGGAUGUACAAAAACCUUCAACUACAUACAUCACUUGAAACACCACCAGCUCAGUCAUACUGAUGAUAAACAAUAUUAUUGUAACAUAUGUGGAAAAGGUUUUAUUCAGUACCACCAUUUCAAAGCUCAUAGGAAGGUACAUUCACAUGAAACCUGGUUGCCAUGCACGAUACCCGGUUGUAUCAAAUGGUUUCCAGACGAAUACGCAAGAAAACGACAUAUUAUGAAACACAAAGGCGCUGAUGGUGCAUCUUCGGAUUCCACGAGCAAUUUUUCUCAUACUCCCGACAUUAAAGAGUCACCAGAUGAAAUACUAUGUUCGGGUUGUGGAGAUAUGAUUAAAUUUUCUUCGCAAGCAAUUCAUUUAGAAAAAUGUCAAAUGAACAUACUCUCUAAACAAUCAUUAACUAACUUAGAAGAUUUGAAUAUAAAUAAUAAUAAUGAAGAAAUUAAAGAAGGAUUUAAAAAUAUAAAUGAAGGCAUUCUAGACGUGUUUAUAGGUAGUGAAAAAUAUAAAAACAUACCAAAGAAAACAGAUAGCAUUGACUAUUAUUCAAUGGUUGGAACUAUUAAUUUUAAUAAUGGUAGUAGGCGAAUUCAAUCAGAUAGCAAUGUAUCAUGUGAAUCCUGUGAUUGUAAUACUAAAGAAAUUAAAUGUGAACCCCGAAAUGAUAAAGAUUUACCACAAAUAGAAUACAGAAGUAAUGGUGUUAUAAAACUCAAGGACACAAUAGAAACGGAUAUAAUCAAAGCAUUUAAUACUAAUAAGUUAGAAAAUGAGGAAUUCUAUACAAACGAGGUCCCAUAUAACAGUUGUAAAACAGUACUAGGAGGCUGCAUAGUGAGUGGUGAUGGCACCAUCAGUGAAGGAUGUCUCUGUGCGAAGAUGGCCCUCAAUGAACAAGAAGCUAUCGAACAAGAAAUAGAUGAAAUUACACCAAGACCAAUAACAUCUACAGUAUGA